UUGGGUGGGAUUGAUUACAGCUGAUCUGUAUAAAUACGGAACGGCGGCUUGAGUCGGCCUCACAGACGUCACGCAUCCAGUCAGACAUCUGAGGUGUCCAUCCUUGUGUCAUCAUGAAGGCGUUUGCUGUCAUUCUUGCACUGGCGGUGCUUUCAGGCUGCCAUGGCCGGAGCGUUCUUCAGGACGACUGGCAGACCACCUGGGAGGUCACCAUGGAGAAGUUCCAGGAUUACAUCACUGAUCUGAACUCAAAGGCCGACGAGGUGGUGAAGGACAUCCGCAGCUCCCAGAUCAGCCGAGAGCUUGACACCCUGGUCCAGGACAGCCUGUCGGAGCUGGCGUUGUACAAGGACCACCUGGAGACCAAGCUGACCCCGUACACCCAGGAGGCCACCGAGCGAGUCAGGAAAGACCUGCAGCUGCUGGGAGACAAGCUAAACACUCACGUAAGCGAGGCCCGCGAGCAGAUGGACAAAUACGUCCUUGAGCUGCAGAGCAUGAUGGAGCAGAAUGCUGAAGACGUCAAGGUCCGGGUCUCCGCCUACACCCGUAAGCUGAAGAAACGGCUGCAUAAGGACACCCAGGAGAUCCAGAGACACAUUACUGAUUACAUCACAGAGCUUCAGACCAGAGCUUCAGACAACGUGGAGGACAUGAGGACUCAGCUGGACCCGUACUUCUCUCAGGUCCGGGACAACGCCCAGGCCAAGAUCUCUACCCUGAAUGACCUGCUCCAGUCCCACGUAGAGGACAUGAAGACCAAGAUUCAGACGGCCGCCGAGGACAUCAAGGGGCGCCUGGAGAGCAAGACCGGGGACCUUGGCUCCACUCUGGGAAAGAAAAUGGAAGAGAUGAGGAACUGGUUUGAGCCGUAUGUCUCCAUGAUCAGAGACGGCAUGUAGACGCUGGUGUUGAUCUGGACUGAUCCAUCUUCAUCUGUCUAUCCCUGACCCAACCCUGAACCGGUUUAUGUAAAACCAUUCACAGUAAAACCAGUAAAACCCCCAUGGUCGUCUCGUCAUCUGGAUCAUUGUGUUGAAUAAAAACAUGAGUGAACAAAA